AUGAAACGACAAAAGAGAAAAAUUUUACUAUUUUUAGACAGAUGCACAGUUCACAACAGUCUUCCUACAUUGUCCAACGUAGAAUUCUACUCCUUUCCGCCAAAUACAACUUCCAAACUGCAACCAUUGGACCAAGGAAUCAUCCAUUAUUUAAAGACGUUGUAUCGCAAAGAAAUUGUUAAGAUCGUUUGGGAAUCUCUCGACAAGCAGCUAACUACGAAUAUCACGAUUCUGACAACUAUUUUACUGAUUGACAAGGCAUGGAGAGCUGUAAUACCCCUAACGAUUCUCAACUGCUUCAAAAACAAAACGGGUUUCGUAAAAGAAGAUCAGGACAAUUCGCAAAUAAUGAUGCAUGAUGAUAAAGAACCAUCAAUGGUACCAGUAGUUGACAUCAGCGGUGUGAGUUUUUUUGACUAUGUUCAAGUGGAUGAAGAUGUUGCUGUCUCAGGAUCACUAACCGAUGGCGAAAUUUUAUCUGCAACAGAUACGAAUGUAAAGAGCAACGAUGAAGAUGAUACAUCAGAACGUUUGGCAGAGGUAUCAGUUAAAGUAGCAAGAGCCUCAUUCGAUAACUUACAAAGCUUUUGCCUACAAAAUGAAACUGACAAAACAGCAUAUCAGGCACUUUUUCUCCUUAAAAAAAUUAUUGACAAGUCUGAGCAGCAGCAAUGUGCUUCGAAGCAAACUCGUAUAAAUGAGUUAUUUUCAAAUAUUAAUUAA